AUGGCGGAUCGGCCAGAAAUGCAUUUACUACUAAGCUACGGCCGGUUGGGAAGUCAUGCAUCUUCCUUUACCGCCGAGCUACGGUCGAUUGGACAGUCAUGCAGUUAUAAUUGUGCUACGGCUGGUCAGGCUGUUACCACCAAUCAGUUGGGCAGUCAUUUUACAAUAUGGAUAAUAGUCCCAAAAGAAGCAUUGAAUAUAAAAUUCUGCCGUACGUUGACGGGGAAGUCUGCAGAGUUACAUAAGAUUAUUCAUAAGAGGAAGAUCAACAUAGCAUGUGUCCAAGAGACUAGGUGGGUAGGUACGAGGGCUCGGGAUGUGGACGGGUUUAAGCUUUGGUACUCAGUAGGCACUGGGGACAAGAAUGGGGUGGGUAUUUUCGUUGACAGGGACCUUAGGGAACUCGUGGUUGAGGUUAGGAGGGUAAACGAUAGAUUGAUGAGUCUUAAUCUAGUAGUUGAAGGGUUUACUAUAAACGUCAUUAGCGUGUAUGCUCCUCAAGUAGGCUUGGACCAAGAGGCCAAGAGACAAUUCUGGGAGGAUUUAGAUGAAGUGGUGCACAAUAUCCCACACGCCGAGAAGAUAUUCAUUGGCGGGGAUUUUAAUGGUCAUAUUGGGGUUGAUGCUAGGGGUUAUGAUGAUGUACAUGGCGGUUUCGGUUUUGGGGACCGAAAAGAGAGGGCCUCCACACUAUUUGAUUUUCCUAGUGCUUUUGAUUUGGUAAUAGCUAACUCGAGUUUUCCAAAGAGAGAGGAGCACCUGGUCACCUUUCGAUUUAUCCAAGACCCAGAUUGA